UAUCUGUGCCAGAGGAAGUAUGUCCUUGACUUGCUGACAGAAACAGGUUUGUUGGAUUGCAGACCUAUUGACACUCCUAUUGAGCAGAACCAUGGUUUAGCCGAGUAUCCAGAUCAGGUACCUACUGAUCGAUCUCGCUAUCAGAGGUUGGUUGGACGCUUGAUUUAUUUGGCUCAUACCAGACCAGACGUUGCGUAUGCAGUGAGCGUGGUGAGUCAGUUCAUGCAUAAUCCGAGUGAGAGUCACAUGGAUGCUGUUAUGCGAAUUCUGAAGUACUUGAAAUCAGCUCCAGGUAGGGGAGUACUAUUUUCUAAACACAACAACAUCCUCGAGGUUUGUGGCUUCACAGAUGCAGAUUGGGCUGGAAAUAUCACAGACAGGAGGUCGACAUCAGGUUACUUUAUCUUUGUGGGAGGUAAUUUGGUUACAUGGAAGAGUAAGAAACAGAAAGUUGUGGCACGUUCUAGUGCUGAGGCCGAGUAUAGAGGUAUGGCUCACGGAGUGUGUGAAUUGUUGUGGCUGAGAAAUCUGUUACGUGAUCUGGGUUUCAUACUCAAAAAUUCCAUGCAGUUGUAUUGUGACAACAAGGCAGCUAUUGACAUAUCACAUAAUCCAGUACAGCAUGAUCGUACUAAGCAUGUGGAGGUUGAUCGUCACUUUAUA